AUUAAAGGAUAUAGUCAGUAUUUCAGGUGGUCUGUGCGUGAGAAUGACGGCGAAUUCCGUAACGAAGUCUGUAGUGUACGGUAUGACAAUAAGGAGCAAUUGGCACAACCGCCGUUGUUUGGAGCGAUGUUUCAUUUCACUUUGGACAGCCAAGUGAACUGCCCAGAGUUCCUCGCCUAUUUCCCACUGGUGGAGCAAGCUGAGCAGUCGAAAGCGUCUGAGUAUACGACAAGAAUUGUGGACAAGUUUCAGCUUUUAUAG